GUACUCAGUGUUCGGAAAAUUCUGAUCAUUAUCAUUACACCGAUUAUUCUGCUUCCGAUUCUUUUAAUGGUGGAAGGAAACGAAGCAAAAUGUGCCUACUGUAUUAUUGUAAUGGCGAUAUAUUGGAUAACAGAGGCUCUACCAAUAGCUGUGACGUCAUUGCUACCAAUCAUCAUGUUUCCUAUGGUUGGACUAUUAAGUGCCAAAGAUGUGUCAAACAAAUAUCUCAAUGACACCGCCAUGCUAUUUGUUGGAGGUUUGAUCGUGGCAGCCGCCAUAGAGUACUGGAAUAUACAUAAACGUCUGGCCCUUAGAGUCCUCAUGCUUGUCGGGUCCGAACCAAAAUGGCAAGUUUUUUGUUAGCAUUACAAUGUACAUA